GCUAUAUUAGAGCUUGGUGCUCCUCUGAUUUUCUCUUCUGUUCUGUAUCACUCUCAAGCGAAUCUUCAUCUACUCAAAUCCAUUCACCCACCUACCAACCAAAUCAAUCCUCAUGCAGAACGAACGCGGCCAAGGUGUCUCUCACGCCACUGACUCUUCAGUCCCCGGCAAGAUCCAAGAGAAGGCUCCCGCUAAGCUCGAGCACGAACUGCCCGACUCCCUCCACAACACUGGAUCGAACAAGGAGACCGGCAAGGUCAGCCACGCCGUCGGUGACAGCAAGGUCCCUCAAGCGCUCCAGGAGGCCCUCCCCGAGAAGGUUGAGCGCGCUGUCCCCAAUUUCAUCCACGACACCGGAAAGAAGUAGAUGUCCGCUACAAAGAUGAAUGAAACAGCCAGCCAGAAUAUGUAGUCAUGAUAUAUAACGAAUUCAACUUUGCAUGAUUCAUACCUCAAAUAC